AUGGUAUCUACAUCCGGUGCUGUUGGCUGCGCGGUGGGCAUUCCAGCCGGACUGGUAGUUAUAUUUGUGUGCGCCCUACUUAUCAGACAGCACAUGAGAGAGAAGAAAGAGGACAAGAUCGCCGCAGAGGUGCCCGAGGAGGAAUUCGGGCAGAGACAGGAAAAGGACGACGGCGACUAUCUGGACUCGGUGCCGGUUCUGGAGGGGUCCACGUACGUGAAACAGCUGCACGGCGAGUCGCGGUUCAGAGAGGAAACGGUGCGGGACGCAAAUCUAUCUGGCUCGUUGGUGUGA